GCAGCCGCGCUGGACCCCGAGGAGGUUUUCGGGGGUUUGGAGGUUUCCGAGGAAGUCAAAAAGUCCCUCAUCCAGGACAUCCAGCUCCGCCUCGCCCCCCAGGCCCUCAAACUCAGAGCUCGCAUUGACGUUUGGUGUUUCGGAAAAGACGGAAUUGACGCCGUGAAAAAGGCGCUCCUCGCCGCGAAGGAAAAACCUGCCGAGACACCCGAAAAAGCUGCCGAUACACCUCAAAAAGCUGCCAAUACACCUCAGAAAGCUGCCAAUACACCCCAAAAAGCUGCAGAUACACCUCAAAAAGCUGCAGAUACACCCGAAAAAGCUGCAGAUACACCCCAAGAAGCUUCAGAUACACCCGAAAAAGCUGCAGAUACACCCGAGCGAGGUGUCGAUACACCCCAAACGCAGGACAUUGCCGUCAAACUUAUUGCUCCUCCGCAAUAUGUUGUUGUCACUUCUUCUUUCGACAAAGAAUCCGGAAUGCAGAAGAUCCAACAGGCAAUUAGCCGCAUUAGUCAAACCAUCAAGAGCUACAGAGGCGGGGACUUCAAACAACAAGGAGAAAUAAUGGUGUUGGGGUCGGAGGAAGACCGGCGAUUGGAAGAACUUUUGUUGGAAGUUUCGCCAUCGGAGUCGGAAGAAGAAGAAGAAGAAGAAGACGAGGGCAUGGGCCGCGUGGAGGCGGGGGUGCCUGAGGACGAGGUGGAGGAGGCCGCGCAGGAGGACUGA